AUGAGGAUUUACUUUCGUCGUCUCCUUUUGAUAUUUUUACUAUCACUUACAGUUUCCUUCCUAUGGGUAAGCAUUUCAAAAGAAGUUAGUGAAAGCACAAGAGACAGCAACAACCGCAGCCAACAUUCUCACUUUUCGACUAGAAAUAAUGACUUUUCACGGAAAAAAAUCGUUAGAAAAAAUUACACAUCAAAGAUAAUUCGAACUUUUGCUGCACCGUUAAAUGUCAUUUAUAAUGAUCGGCGGACGAAGAAGAACAACGAUUCAUCUUACCGUGUACUUCAUCAAUCCACUCUGUCCCGGAGGCGUUUAACGACGCGAUACAUCCGACACAACAAUAUAUAUUCGUUCAUUCAUAUGAAUAAAAAUAAUAAUAAUAAUAAUAAUAAUAAUAAUAAUAAUAAUAAUAAUAAUAAUACAUUAAGAAAUAUUCAGCAAAAUGUUAAUACAAACUUAAAAAACACUGCUUCAAACAAAGUAGAGAUUGACAAUAAUAACAAGAACGAAAAACAACCUCGUGUUCAACGCCGAACGCUCGCGAAAUACUUACCGAAAAGCGAAUGUGGUAAUAUGCGCGGAAUUCCGGAGGGAAAAUACGAAACAUGGCAGUUAAUGACAAAAAGUAGGGAUGCUUGGGUUUUUUCAGCAUUCUAUGAAAAUUUGACUGGACCUUUCAUUAGAAUAAUCGGUGCGAAAGCCCGCUGGAUCUCAUCGGAUAUACAUUGUCAGCUAUGGUUUAAUGUAAGCUCGGGCGGCGAGAACUCCACUGAUACAAAACUUCAUCUGGUGGUUGUGUCUGCUUCUGUGAAGAAUAUACCAGAAGACCACGGCAGGAAAUUUGCUGCCUGUUACUUCCUCUGUCCACUACACCAAUUUAAAGUGAAUGAGCCACCAGUCAGUGUUUCAAUUGUCUUAAAGAAGAAAUGCCAGCAACCUAGAAAUCACAUUUUGGUUACACCAAAUUCUGUAGCUAGAAAAACAGGCAAGAAAAACUUUACUGUUUGCCUCAGUCCUUUGCACUCCAACUAUGAUCGUAUGGACGAAUUGGUCGAAUGGAUGGAAAUCAACAAGAUAUUUGGUGCCGAUUAUUUCAUCUUCUACAACUACAGUAUUGGUCAAAAUGUAACUGCAAUUAUAAAAAAAUACGCAGAAGAAGGUUUGUCAGAGACAGUUGAAUGGAAAAUACCAUUUAAAACUGGAGGUGGAUCAGAAAUUCAUUAUUUUGGUCAGCUCGCUGCUAUAAAUGACUGUCUUUAUAGAAAUAUGUACAGGACUAAAUUUAUCGUGUUUAUUGAUGCAGAUGAAAUCAUAGUUCCGAAAAAGCAUCGGGACUGGAUGACUUUCAUUGAUAGUUUGAAACACGCAACAAAUAUAGGUGCAUAUAUUUUCAGGUGUACUUUUUUUCGUAAAGAAUGGGAAGAUACGAAAGAAAAUUUCACCGGGAGAGACUUAGCUGAAAAAUAUAAUAUAAUAUCUUUGUUGAAACUAGAUCGAGAGCCGAAAAUACAUCCUGUGUAUAUUCGUUCAAAAACUAUUGUUAAUCCUUUGAAAGUCGAAACAGUGGGAAUUCAUAAUAUUUGGACUUUUCGGACUGGAUAUGUUGCUUCCGAAAUCGGUCUUUCACAAGGGUUGGUACAUCACUAUCGCAAUUGGCAAAAUCCCAAAGACAAACAAAAAGUGCACGAUCAUUCAAUACUUGCUUAUAAGGAUAGCAUUAUAAAAAGAAUUACAGAAAGGUGGAAAAUUCUUGAAGAGGUUUUGCAAGAAGUGAAGCAAUAAUUUUUUAAAGUAGGUAGAUUCUUUCAAGAUCUCAACAUUCCAGUAAAUUAUUCAUAAGAAACAUACUCAUUCUUCACAUAGCUAUCCUGCAGCACCACAUAAAUAGUAUGACAAGGGGUAUUGGAUAUUAGCGUAGCUUUUAGUUAG